AUGACCGAUUUAAGACGUUCGGUCGAUACAACAACACGUUUCCAUCAUCAUCAACAACAACAGCAGCAGCCGCAACAACAUUCGACAGUCUCACAUGACAGCUAUCGUUCCAGUUGUAAUUCCUCACCCGAACCCAAAUCUUCCCUGGCACUAUGCCAAAGCCUUAGUAAUGGCAGCUAUAGACAUCCAGUAUUGCAAAACCUUACAGAUCAUCCUCACAUGAAUAGCACGAGUGGUGGCAGUUCCUCGACCAGUACCACUGCCACAGCCACCACAAUAGGACGCAGUUCCCAGUAUAUCAGUGAAAACGGCAAUCAUAAUUCUUCCAUGGGUGAGAUCCAGUUUGAUGAGAGGGAAAUCUACUAUGUGUCACCCUCGAAGCGGAAAAGUUCCCUGAGUGGCAGUCAAACACCGGUGCUGCGCAGUAGCCUGCGAGCCUGUGAACGUCUGCGGUCCUUUAGUCCCACAUCGGCGGCCGCCAUUGCUCCCUCUUACCCGCCUAUUAUGCCUUCAGCUGCCUAUGGUGCCCGCCUAAGUGGCACGAUGGGUCAGGAUCUUAGUUUCGAUAACUACGAAGCCUCAUCCCAUUACUCGGACACAGCGAUGCAAGUCUUACGAUCUGGCAGUUGCUCGGCCAUGACCAGUAUUUUGAAUACCAACAAUCUCAUCAACCAAUCAACGACAGGCGGAGGCGCAACAGCCUCUAGCAGCAAUGAUAGCUCCAGCAAUCAACAUUUACAACAGCGUUCCGCUCAUCAAAAUAAUGUCACCUUUUCGAAUCACAUCAGCGAACAACGUCUUGUUACAUCUCAAAAUCGUGGUUCAUUGCGUCGCAGCAAGGGUCGUAGUAAUCAGUCCUUGUGCAGUUGUGAUGCUGGUUCAGAUGCUGAACUGAAUCCGGAUCCAACGCGCCCCCUUUAUGAAUAUAGCUUGGAGCGACGCCGCAAGGUACACACAUACACUUGUGAACAAAAUGCCCAGAUAUUGUUGCGUUUAGAACGUGAACGUAAUCGAAAGUUGUCCUUAAGUGGUGGUGGCGGUGGCGGCGGCAGCGGUAGUGUGAGCGGUGUCCUGGCCAUUAGUAGCAGCAAAGAUGAUUUGGAGAGUGAUGCAUUAAGUUCAUCAGAUGCUGAAACAAUACCGCCAGUACCUCCACCACCAUCAAUGAAACGUAAUGGUAGCAUACGUAGUCUACGCUUGUUGCAACAUCUGCAACAACAGCAGCAACAACAACAUCAACAACAAAUAAAUCCAAGAUCAUCCUCCAUUCAUUGUAAUGGCAAGCAAACAACGGCCCAGGACAAAAACACCCAUCAACAACACAGCAACAAUAACAACACCCACAAUAAUAGUAGUAGCAGCGGCACCACGAACAACAACAACCAUAGCAGUGGGUCUAUUGCCACCCUAUGUAGCGGUGAUUUACUGAACGACUGUACCAAAAGUGUUCACGAUGUAAGGGCUGUGAUUGACGACUGUACCACUUCCAUAUUGAAAUGUGCCAAUGCUGUGAGUUCGGACAUUAUGUCGACGACCAGUACAACGACAAAUGGCAGCUAUAAGCCUCAACAUGCAGCCGCACUGGCCACUGUCGCGCAGCACAGUAAACCCGAUGUUUGCCAUGUAACAAAAAGUUCGGCAACGGCCGCUCCAUUUGGUCACUAUCCCCCGCCCUAUCCAAUACACGAUGACAUUACUGUACCCCGUAGCCAAAAGUCAGAUCCCUCGCUGUGUUUCCUUCACAAGAGUUCGUCGGGAGCCAUAAAUGUGGGACCACCGCCAUUGAUGGGUGCUUACCAUACCACAGAUUUCCAUCUUUCGCAGCGAGAUUUGCAGCAAAAGCUGCAACAGUACAAGAACAGCAGCCGGCUAAGCCUUAGUAAAUAUAACACCAUUGGACCGAGCAGUGACUAUGCCCGCCAGCUGGCAUUGUAUUCCUCACAGCAACAACAAUCCCUCUCCCAGUAUCCUUUACAGCAACAACCACAAACUCCGUAUGCCACAAUGCGCCCUUUGGGUGCCGGCGAACGUUGUCGUUGCUUCUCCAAAUCAUGGUCGAAUUUCUCGCGUGAUUUCAUGCAGGCAUCACUGUGUGCCAACCACGACAAUCACAUCAUGCCGCAGCAACAGCGGCAACAGCAGAUCUUCCACACCAGCUCAACCGCUGCCACGGGCAAAGGUAGGCCUGAACCAUCCACUCUAUUGAGGUCAUCGUCCGCCUAUAAUAGUCGUAGUUUCAAUAAUCUUGUCGACAUUAUGGACAAUUACAAUUAUGACACCACGAUGACAUCUUCAUCACUGCAUCAUCACCAUAAAAUGCAUGCCGGCAACUCGCAGUUGUGCAACGGCUCCACCAACACCGCCACCCUCAUAUCGAACAACAACAAGAGCAGCAGUAGUAGUGGCCUUAAAGAUAACAAACUAUUACACGGUCAUCAUCAGCAUCUUCAUCAGCACUAUCCCCCCACCCAGCACAAAGAUUUCCAUUGCAAUGAUCAUUUGCGGCAGUGGGCAUCUGCUUAA